AUGUCUACAGGAGCAUUGCCACCANAAAAGGCGGCUGAAAAGACCCUCGAGACUGGCGUCCACCAUCUCGAAGAAGACUUGCAAUUGACCUUUCUCAAGAACAUCUAUGGCGCUCUACUAAUCUCGGCAGGAGGCUUGCUCUCCCUCACUUUGGUUACUGGUACUCCGGGCUUGUCACAGACCAAUCCUGGACUUCCACGGAUUUUGCAGGGAAUCACGUUCCCUAUUGGCCUUGUCCUGGUCUAUCUUGUGGGAGCUGAGUUGUACACUGGAUAUCCCAUGUGCGAAGAUCCCUUCAAGAGUGGUACCAUCUCCAUGGUCUCCAAAGACAUCAUCGAAUCCCAAUGGCACAUCAUCUUCCUUCGCGCCAUUCUCUGCGGCUGGCUGGUAACCUUUUCUAUGAUGUUGGGCACACAAAACCAAGACGGCAUUAGCAAAGCUUUGGCUUUGCAUUUGCCCUUCUUCAUUUCGACAGCGGCAAAGUGCCCACAUACAGUCGAGUACAUGUAUCUCGGCUCCACUGCCAUGUUCCUUGGCUCUCCCAUGUCGGUGGGCAUGUUCAUCUGGAAAUGCCUGAUUCCCAUUACCUUGGGAAAUACUAUUGGCGGAGGCCUAUUCACGGGUGCCUAUUCUUGGUGGGUGCAUCUCUACUGUGAUGACAAAAAGGCUGCUCAUGGUGAUGGAAAUGGCUGGGGUAAUGUCAGACUUGAUGACGAUGAGUAA